AUGGCGCAAGCGCAGAUCCUAACCCCGCCCCUCGCGCCUCCAAGUGGGACGGCGAGGGGCGGGGCGAUGAGGGAGAGCACGCUGGAGCGGGCGGCCAGUGAUCGGCCUCACGCGGCGCUAGGCGCAGGCUGGGGCCGGGACUGCGGGGAUCCGCGAAGCCGCGGAAGUGCAGGCGUGCGGGUCGUAAGCCCUCAGUCGCCUUGCUCUUCCUGCGUCCGCAUCUGGUGCCGGCGCGCCCCUCUCGGGCGUCCGCGCUCCGGCGUCCUGGCUGCCCGCCCUGUGUCUGUCCUGGUAGUGGCCUGGCUGCUCCUCGGGGUGGCUGGGCUCACCCGCGCGCUCGCCACAGCCUGCAGCGACGCCCCCUUCGGCGCUGGCAUAAGGGUCACUUGUUCUGAAAUUAUUUUGAGGCAAGAAGUUUUAAAAGAUGGUUUCCACAGAGACCUUUUAAUAAAAGUGAAAUUUGGAGAAAGCAUUGAAGACCUACAGACCUGCAGACUCCUAAUUAAACAUUCUAUCCCAGCAGGACUUUUUGUGGAUCCAUAUGAGUUGGCUUCAUUAGGAGAGAAAAACAUAAAGAGGUAUAUGAUGGUUUCAGAAAAUUUUAAUAUAGAAGCCCCCAACUAUUUGUCCAAGGAAUCUGAAGUUCUCAUUUAUGCCAGACAAGAUGCACAGUGCAUUGACUGUUUCCAAGCCUUUUUACCUGUGCACUACCGCUAUCACCGUCCACAUAGUAAAGAUGGAGAAACCCGUAUUGUGGUCAACAACCCAGAUUUAUUGAUGUAUUGUGACCAAGAGUUCCCAAUUUUGAAGUGCUGGGCUCAGUCACAAGUGGCAGCUCCUUGUGCUUUGAAGAGUAAGGAUAUCUGCCACUGGAACAACAUGAAGUAUAAAUCAAUACUCAGGAAUGUGACUCUACAAGUUCCAGUAGGCCUGACUAUACAUACCUCUUUAGUAUGUUCUGUGACUCUGCUCAUUACCGUCCUCUGUUCUACUUUGAUCCUUGUAGCUGUUUUCAAAUAUGGCCACUUUUCCCUAUAG